UGCAGCAGGACGUCGUAGAUCAAUGAAGCGGACCGGAGGGCUGGUCCAUCUCUGUGGAUCUGACUGUAUAGAUGUGUCAGUACCUAUGCGGGGCGGAGGGAGUUACGAGCCUUACUAGUCUUUCGCCCAGUUUGUCCAGUAUGCAGAUGUUUUGAAAAGAAUAUAUUUUUUACAGUUGACUUCACUACAUCUGCGCUGCGCGUCUCUUACUCGUACUCUUAAGAUAUCAUAGUACAUCUGUAACCUCCAGGAUGAUCUUUGCAAACACGGGAAACCCUCUGAAGACAACCAAUAGGAAGCAGUCCUACCCCAUGACUCCUUCCAGUCCCAGCAGCAGUAACAGCAGCAGCACGGGUCUGGAGCAGCUCAGCAAAACCAACUUGUACAUCCGAGGACUGCCCCCCGCCACCACAGACCUGGACCUAGUCAAGCUCUGCCACCAGUAUGGCAAGAUUCAGUCAGCAAAGGCAAUCCUGGACAAGACAACCAACAAAUGUAAAGGUUAUGGUUUUGUGGACUUCGACAGCCCGGCCGCUGCUCUGAAGGCAGUGCACGCGCUCAAAACCAGCGGCAUCCAGGCACAGAUGGCCAAGCAACAGGAGCAGGACCCCACAAACCUGUACCUGUCUAACCUGCCUCUGUCUGUGGAUGAGAAGGAGCUGGAGAACAUGCUGCAGCCUUUUGGAGCGGUGGUCUCCACUCGUAUCCUCCGGGACUACAGUGGGAACAGCCGGGGGGUGGGCUUCGCCAGGAUGGACACCACGGAGCAGUGCAACGCAGUCAUCGCCCACUUCAACGGCAAAUUCAUCAAGAUUGGCUCCGGAGGGCUUGCUCCAUCACAACCGCUGCUGUGUAAGUUCGCAGACAGCCAAAGAAAGAAACAUGGGCACAGCGGGUUUGUUCCCAACGGACAGACAGGAGACUUGAGACUAGGCACAAUGACUCUGACCUAUGACCCCUCAACAGCUGCAUUACAGAAUGGGUAUUACUCCUCUCCGUAUCCAGUCACCAACAGGAUAAUGACAGUGCAGCCAACCAUGCCACCAUAUAUGUCUCCAGUUUCUGCUUAUCAGGUACAGAGUCAUUCCUGGAUGGCACAUCAGCCCUACAUUAUGCAACAUCCGACAGCUGUGAUGUCGCCCUCUGUGGACCCAUCCAUGUCACUGCACCCUUCGUCCCUCCUCACUCAGCAGAUGGGACAGCUGUCGUUGGGAAACCCAGGAGCGUACAUGGCUGCAAACCCCGCUGUACAAGGAGCCUAUAUGCCUCAGUAUCCUCCCGUGCAGCAAGUACCGGAAAAUGGGACACCGCAGCAAGUGGACUCCUCCAACAAUUCUUCACCGUACAGUCAGCUCAGCAAGUAAAGCUCUCUAUGAUCCGAGGAGCGGUUGGGAAUCCACUGAUGACAUCACAGAGUAAACAGCCACGGCCUUCUGUGAUUGGACCACACAACUUGAACUUUUUGCACAGCCCCGACUUUUGAGAAAAAGAGGAUGGAGUAAACGGACUCAAGCGGUUGGCUAUAAUCACUACGAAAAAAAGAUGAAAAAAAGACACGAUUUAUUUUGAUACAAAACACUGAUGCUCUACUUUUUCCUCUUUGUCAUCGCCUCUCACCUGACACCAAAAGACUUUCUACCAUUGCCCCUAGAUGUUAUAAAAAUGCAUGACGUAAUAAUAUUUUCCCCCUACUUUUUUAUAAACUACACUCAAUUUACAGGUGUUCAUCAAAUCACUAUUGGAAAAGGUGCCUUCCUUACAUCAUGCUUUCCAAUAUUUGUCCAUCAAUCUUGAUCAGGUAACAUAACAUGACAUAAUCUGAUAAUGUGAGUGAGUGAAAACUGUAACAUUUCCAGGCAGUGCGUGUUUCUAUGCUAUCUCGUCUCUGGUAGCAAUAAAGUCAAUCUACUAUGAGGGCAAUACUGAUAAAAAGUAAAAGCAAUUCUGAACAAUCUCAGAGAAAAUCAAAUCUUUCUUUUACUCUGUCCUUCUUUUUUUAAAACCACACAAUAAUAUUAAAACAGAAGCCGUAGUUUUUGUGAAAUGGCAUGUUUUACUAGGCAUAUUUUAGGAGGAUCUUGUCUCUUUUUCGUGGUCCGUUGUGACUGAAAAUCUACCUCAUGGUUCUGUGGGUGCUGUUUGGGUUUGCAGGUAAAGCCCUCCAUCAUUGACAGAGCAGAACUGAAGCCGAGCUCAGGAGCUGGCUGCUAUAGGACUUCUACUAUUUCUUCUUCCAUUUUGUUUUUCCUUCUGGUUUGAAAAAUUGCUUGCUUUAUUCGUCAUUGCUUCUUUUUGGUUGUAGUUUUUUUUUACCCAAGAGUUGUUCAGUGGUGAUGCUUCACGCUUUCCUAAAAGGUGCACUGUGUAACUUUUUGAUUGAGGGUCUGUCGCCUGAUUGUUUCUAUGGAUAUGUCAUUGCUCUGCCUGGAAUGUUCCACAGUAUGACAUUAAACAGCUGUACCUAACCUUUAUUAAAUUACAUGUGCUUUUAUACCUAAAAUCCCUAGAAAAACAGGCACUUUGACUAUGAAUGGGGUUGCCUCUCCAUAGAUCUGACCUGCAACUUGGUCUGGUUUGGUAUACAUGAAGAUAGAAAGGUUUAAAGCCAUAAUGUGAAAUAUUCAAGACAAAGCAAUAACAUUUCCAUGGAGAAAAGCUUUUGACGGACUCUUCACCAGAAAAGUUACACAAUGCACCUUUAAAACUAGUUUCUUCACAUUGUGCAAAGCAGUUGACAUGCAUUCGUGUUGUGUUUUUUGUUUUGCUUUUUGCCAUUUUGGACUUUUUUUGAAACUUUGGUGUUUCCUUUUCCGUCUUUAUUUCAAACAAUACAUUCUAGGAUUUUCACUUCUUCACCUUCUGAAAGGUCUACAAUGAAUUUUAAAAUGUGUGAAAAGCUAAUCAAAUCCUGCCUUGUUUAGACGCAUUACAUGAGUACUUUGAGGGCAAAAGCGUUUCAUUUCAAGUGGGCUAUUCGUCACGCAAAGAGAGACUGAAAAAACAAGUCGGGAUUUUUCUUACAAAAUGAGAGUUUCUAUUGUAAAUUAAACUGUGGACCUCACUGAUAAAAGAUACAGUGUUGAAUGCACUGCCGGUUUUGCUAAGAAACAAAAUAACAACAAAAAAAAAAGUUUAAAAAUUCCUCCCUUUGACUUCCUCUGUCCACCGAUUGAAAAAAAAAUUCUUGUCCUUGCUCUUUCCUUUGAAACAUUGGAAUAAAGCAGUGCUCAAUAAAAUGCUCUUUCUCAUACAAA